UUCUGACUUCGCUCCAGUCAUACAAAUUUAGCUCUCCGUAAAUCUUUCUUGUCUCUAGCCGGCGAAAAUAGUAGGAUUCAAUUCAAUGGAUUCAACUGCGAAGGUGAAGAAGGGUGCCGGAGGAAGAAAAGGUGGUGGUCCCAAGAAGAAGCCAGUGUCCAGGUCCGUUAAGGCUGGUCUUCAAUUUCCCGUCGGACGAAUUGGUCGUUAUCUGAAGAAAGGAAGGUACUCACAGCGUGUUGGAACUGGUGCCCCAGUCUACUUGGCCGCCGUCCUUGAGUACUUAGCAGCUGAGGUUUUGGAGCUGGCUGGAAAUGCAGCUCGUGAUAACAAGAAGAACAGGAUAAUCCCCAGGCAUGUUCUUCUCGCGGUGAGGAACGAUGAGGAGCUUGGAAAGUUGCUUGCGGGUGUGACUAUAGCUCAUGGUGGUGUUCUCCCCAACAUUAACCCAGUGCUCUUGCCCAAGAAGACGGACAAGGCCACUAAAGAGCCCAAGUCUCCAUCGAAAGCUACCAAGUCCCCCAAGAAAGCUUGAUUCUAUUUUUAGACCAUUCGUCCUUUUGGUUGUGAUGUAAAUUUGCGAUUAGGCUUAUGCUUUAGCAAAAGGUAUCAAAGCAUUUCAAAUUCAAAUGUAGUAGCCCCUGUGAUGUAAUCGUCACAUUGACUCAUUGAAUGAAAUCACAUCGAUUUUAAUUCAUC